ACGGGUCAUUGGGUCGUGAUUGAAUAAUCCAUGCCAGUGAAAACUGGCAUUUGGGGAAGAUGCGAUCAUUGUCAGUUUUUAUCUUAGUAAUUGCUGGUAUACUUCUAAUGAAUAUUAUCAUUUAUUGGUGUAUGGCAGACACCCUAUUUGUCGUUUUACCUAGGUAUAUUGAAGUGGUACGGGGCAUUACAUACUCUGCCAGUGUGAGUCAGCUGGGUAAGAAUAUUUCUAAUGUCACAACUUCGAAUGGAACAUUAAAACGUCGUCUGAAUAUCACGAAUACAAACACCACCACCACAACAAGUUAUACCACUUCCACCAGCGACACAGGAUCUAUAACCAACUCCACAGAGUUGGAAGAACAGCGUAACUUCUCACCCAAAAUAACCUUACCCGGUUUCCUAUUCCCAAUGCAGCGAUCUGGGAAUGGAGGAUCUAACACCCAAUACUUGAAUUUCAUAAAUGCCGUUAAGAUGGCGUACGCUACCAACAGAAAAAUAGUUUUAGCUCCUUUCUUUGUGCAAGGGGGCGCCUCCAGAAAUUUGAAUAGAAGGACGAGUUUUGUGAGGACGUUCAACAACACAUUCGAUAUUAAGAGAUUAUCGGAAUUUGUACCAGUGGCGUCUGUGGACGAGUUUAAGAAGAGUUGUGACGGCAACAUUGUGGUUGUUACGUGGGACAACUCGGCGAUUAGUUACCAGAAAACACAGGAGAAAAUUAUGAACUCUGUGUAUGGCAUCACUGUUCCUGAAUUCAACGAUGUCAAAUUUCUCUCGGGUAUCGACAAUGUCACAGAGAUGGAGAAGAUGACAAACUACACACCAUGUUUAGCGUAUUACAGACCAUACGAAUAUCAUUUCGGAAACCUUACCAUUGACAUUCAUCCGUUCCUGGUCAGGUCAGAGGUCAUUAAGAACGCCACCAACACUAUUUUAAGGAAUGUUUGUCAAGGGAGACCGUACUUAGCUCUUCAUUGGAGAAACAAAACUACAGAGUUUAAGUGUGUCUUCCAUUUAAAUGGACACGGUGGCGUAUUCUAUAACUCAUCGUGUAAAGACAAAAUAAAACAAAUUGCCAGGAUGGCUGACAAGGUCAGUGAGCACAUCGCAGAUAUAAUGAAGAAAAAGAACUUGCAAUGUAUUUACGUUGCCUGUCCAGUUUGGUCAAGGGCAAUUAUCGACCAUCUAGCGCAACGGAUACCACGUGACUACAUCUACACAUCUGCAAAUAUAACAACCUCUGAACUCUCCCAAUUCGAUCAGUAUGAUCUGUCAUUAGUUGAACAAGAAAUUUGUUUUCGAGCGGAACAUUUUAUAGCUUCAUGUAGAUCUCAUUGGUCAGGAAUUCGUUGAUGGCUGACAGAAAUGCAACGAACACGAGCUCCACGUGUACCAGUGACCUUACAGGAUUUCGAUCGUUAGGCAUACAGGACUACAUAGUAGAUUUGACCCGGAAGAAAUUAUAAAUGCAGUCACCCCGAACAGAAACAUUCCCAUGGGUACGAACCAGUGUGCUAUUAUAUGUAAUUAUAGUGCCCUUUUAUCAUGAGCUGGGCACCGUAACCCGCUUUU